UCCACACCAAGUAGUUGAUUCAGUGGCCUUAACCUUGCAUAUAUCUGCAUAGAUUAUAUCUCAUACAUGUCCUGGGAGAUCGUAGAAAGACCUUCCAUCCAAGAAAUGGCCAAGGUGCAGGAUAAAGGUCUAAUGGGGUGUCCAUCCAAGACAUCCUUCAUCACACUAGAUGGGCCUAUCAAUUCAUUCUGUUCAUCCAAAGAUGGCUCACAGAUAGCUGUAGCUGGAAGGAAUGUCUUCAAAAUUAUAUCAGUAGAUCAAGAUCACCUACAAGAGAAAAUCAAUCUUCGUGUUGGUAGAAUUAAUUUAAACUUUAGUAUCACUGAUGUCCAAUGGCACCCAGUGGAAGAUCAUAUUUUAGCUACAGCAGCAGGAAAUGGAGCAGUUGUGAUAUGGAAUCUCAAUAAGAUAACUAAACAAAAACAAGAACUUGUAUUUUCUGAACAUAAAAGAACUGUAAAUCGUAUAAAGUUUCAUCCAGUAGAAACAAAUCUACUUCUGAGUGCAGGUCAAGAUGGAAACAUGAAAUGCUUUGAUUUGAGAAAGCAGAGUGUUGCUUUUACUUGCGGUUCAAAAAAUUCAGAUAUCAUAAGGGAUGUAGAGUUCAGCCCUUUUGAUGGAAAGCUAUUUACAGCAGCUUGUGAAACUGGUAACGUCCAGAUGUGGGAUAUGCGUCGGACAGAUAUGCACUACCAUCAGUUCAUGGCUCAUAAUGGUCCAAUAUUUACUAUUGACUGGCAUCCUGAAGAAAGGAAUUGGAUAGCUACUGGUGGGAGAGACAAGUUCGUCAAGGUUUGGGAUGUCCAGUGCAAGGCAAGUUCUUUAUUCAAUGAUGGAUUACAUGGAAUACAGGCCAUAACGUCUGUUGGUCGUAUUAAAUGGAGACCUCAAAGAAAGUACCAGAUAGCAAGUGUUUCUCUAUUGGUAGACUUCGACAUUCACAUAUGGGAUAUGCGACGUCCGUACAUUCCCUACGCAACGUUUAAUGAACACAAAGAUACUCCUACAGGGAUAAUGUGGCGGCAGACAGGUCGUGGUCGGGACCCGAUUGUCCUAUUGUCUUGUUCUAAAGACAGCACCCUGUACCAGCACGUGUUCAGCGAUGCUAAUCACCCUGUAGAUGAUGCUCCACCAGUCGCUAUCUCACUCAAUGUUAAUGGUGAUCUCAGUUACGCUAUGUGUGACCAGAUAACUAAUAUUGCAACUCAGACUAACUCGAUUAAAAUGAGCCGUGGACUGCACAUCCCAAGCUCAGGUAACAGCUUAUCACAAUUCCGUAAGAAGUUCCACGACAUCUCAGAUAAUUUUACGGCACGAGCGAGUAGCAGCCUCUUUGUGUGUACUAACAACACGCCCCUGAAGGACGACUGUUUCAAGAUAUUAGCCAAGAGUUACAAACUUAGUGGACGCUCCUUCUCCGAGCUCUGCGAACACAACAAUAAUGUGGCCAGUAGCCUUUCGUUACACAAACACGCCAAGACAUGGUCCAUCUUGAACGCGCUUUACAGCCACAGUAUUUCCAAAGCUGUACCAACUGGAGGCAUUGGAGGAGGAAUAGGACCCACCGUUGGAAAUACAGACGUUCAAACAGUCCCCACAACAGCAGCAGUGAGUUCCUCUACACAGCCCACUGCAAUCAACCCCAAGGCUGAUACGAUGACCUCACAAACAGGACCAUUACAAGACCAGUCUACACUCCACGAUGAUGACGAGUCUUCAUCGUCGAGUAGUGAGGACGAAGUACCAAAGCUAAUGAGCAUCGCUAGUGGCGGUAACCAAGGUAGAUUUCUUCCGAAGUGGGAUUUUACGUCUUUGAUCGUCGAUGUUCUCCAACAUUUCGCAGAAGAGGGUGACGUGCAGAUGUCUGCAUCAUUAUUAAUUGUACUUGGUGACAGAAUACGACAUAAGAUCGACGAACAGACACAAGAACUGUGGCUCAUGUCUUACAUUGAUCUUCUUCGUAGACUGGAAAUGUGGUCCGUAGCAAACGAAAUCACCAAGUUAUCAAGUUUACCUAUCGUCAACACGCAAAACCUGCAAUCUACAACUGUGUACGCAUCUUGUGGCCGAUGUAACAAACCUCUGUCUAAAUCAGGAUGGUUUUGUAAACGAUGUAUGAGUCUUAUAGAGCCUUGCUCGCUAUGUCACCUGUCUGUUCGAGGAUCAUAUGUGUGGUGUCAGGGAUGUGGUCAUGGUGGUCAUUUAACACACAUACAAGAAUGGUUCUCCAAUAAUAUUUGGUGCCCUGCAGGAUGUGGACACAUAUGUGAGUUCAUGUGAGAAACAUGUCGUGACAUGGUGAACUCUGGUACUGGAUACAAGCUACGAUAUGGAGACAUGAGCGACGAACUGCAACCCAUGACCCAGAGGGAUAGAUAUCUGUGAGUUCAUUUAAGAAACACUGGCUGUGAACAAAGUGAGCUCCAAGUAUUGGAUACAAGCUAUGUUAUGGAGACAUGAGCGAAGAACGUGAGUAACAUAAGAUGCAGACGCGGACAGCAUGUUCUUAAGGUAUUACAUGCUAGUGUCAUAGAACUCAUAGAAUGUAAGCAAUCCUGUGAUAUGCAUGUUCAUAGGCUUUGCACCAUCACGUGACGGCAGCCAUGACAGGAAGCAGGAACAAUUGAAUCUGAUCUAAUCUGAUUUACAUAAGAAAGAAUUCAGUUUUCCAGGGGGGGAAAUACUCUAUUGUUGUGCCUCCUGUCAUGGCUGCCAUCACGUGAUGGUGCCUCUCUAUAUUCUACAGUUUUGUCCAGGAGAUGCCUCCUACAAUAAUUAUACGUGCCGUCUUAAACUGACUGCAGACGUCAGGUAAUAUUAGAUAAUAUAAAUUAUAAACAAUAUUGAUAAUGUAAAUAGCGUCAUAAAGGCUGUAAAUCACUAUAGAUAUAUAGUUUUAUCGUUUUCUAUUGGAACAUUUUUAUAUAACUUAGAAAUAGAAUAGUUUUAACAGGUGCAGAAUCACAGUGAGCAUUGGCUUUUGUACUCGUUACCACAGCAAUUGUUUGUAACUUUGUACCGUGCUUGCAGAGGUUUUCUUCUGUCCCUUUCUGUUGGCACUCAGCUCUAUGAAGGAGCAGAUAAGUAACCCUAUGUUCGCAGGGUAGAAACUGUGUAGCGUUAAACGAAUCUACAACACUUUUAUAGGAUUUUUGAACUUUUUUCAUGAUCGAAUUGCUUGGUAACAAUCAGAUGAAUUACUGAAUCUCAUAAUCAGCCUUACGUGAAGGGAAAACACCUGCCUCCCCUCCAUUCUCAAUCUAUUGAUAGCAACCCGUUUUCCUUUUCGCUUUGCUUAACCUGGUCUUCUUUGUUCCAUUUGAAUAUAUACUUAGAGAAAGAAAGUAGAAUCUAUGGUUAAAUCGUAAUUACCUUUUAUGUAGCAUUAAAGAAAGAGUAUUUUUCUAAACA